AGACAAUAGAAAGUGUAGCAACUGUUCACGUGCCGCGUUGUACGCUAGUGUUGGUAUAUCGAUAGCAGGUCUGAACUGGUCAAUUUUUCUUGCACGCAGUCAGUUAUUUAUGAUCUUGAGAGCUUAGUGAAUCAGUUAUAUGUGCAACGUGCUUUAUUUAAACUUUUUAAUUUUUUUUAGGUUAUUGUGUUGAUUUUUUUUUUUACUUGUAAAAUGACGGAAAAAAUUAAAAAAUACGCAGUGAUUGAAUUCGAUGAGACAAUAAACAAUAAUAAAGUGGUAGAGUUAGUACCGAUCGAUUGGCUUACUGAGGACGAAACUAUGUGUUUAUGGCCACCAAAAAAAGAUGAAGACAAGGUGGAAAAAUGGGUAGAAUUUGAAGUUGGGCCUUAUUACGAGACAUGGUUAAAGUAUCCAAUCAAGAUUAUCAGCAAAGCUAAGGAUUAUGCUCAAGGAUUACGCCGAUUAAAAAAAUCAUACAAAACAAAAGAUGUUGAGAGCACUGAGAGUGAAUCUAUGAAUAAUCAAAAUACUGAGCCUAUGCUCUUCAGUUCGACACAUGUUUCUCAGUUGUUGUCACGGAGGCAGCCUCUAAACACAGGAGGCAAUACUCAAAGCCACACUGGAUUAAGUGAUGUUUUAGAUCCCAUAGCGGAACUCUCUGAGUUUGAUUUAAUUCAUCCCAACGACCAUUUAGAAGCUGAGAAAAGCAAUGAAGCUGCGUUUGGAAGUACAAUGGAACCGAAAAGCAUCACCAACUACGAUGAUCUUGCGAAAUAUUUGCAGCGUAUUAUUUGUACUGAAAUGUCGAAAGUUAAAAGAAACGUCAAUUACACCAUUGGACAACAAGUUAAAAAAAUAUUAGAAGUCGUCCAGCAGUCAGCAGAUGCACCGAGUAAACAAAAAGCUUGGAAUAUCAUCGGUGACAACUUGCCAUACGGAGAUAUUGCAACGUUUGUCGAGUUCGAUGAAUUUUUGAAAAAUACCGAGGAAAAACGCAAAGCAUUAGUAUUUACAAAUUAUUUAAAUAUUAUUCACAAAGAUUUACAAAUUGUUAAAAUAUUAUUUGGCGUUCAAUUGUAA